AUAACGUAUACGCUUUGAGAAAAUUCCUUUUUAUAAAUAUGGACAUUCGUGUAAAAAAAUGUUACUUUGCAAGUUAUUCCGACGUUUAACUGAACACAUAUAUUUAGUUUAAAUCAUCGAAAGACGCGGUUGCCGGUUGGCAGUGAUAGGCGGGGCAAAGAGACUAAAACCGUAUAUAUUGGUCUAAAAUCACAUAUUGUAUUAUUACGUUAGGAGUGAUAUGUCACCCAAAUUUUGAAACAGGAUGACAAUGACAUCAUGUGUUUUAGCCAGGCACUACAAACACAAUCAAUAAUAGCAUUUGCAUAGGUGAUAAAACAACUUAGUUUGUUAAUACAUUGUUGGCAGUUAUUUAUAAUUUAACUUAGUAAUGCAAAAUAAUUCUUUCAACUUGCAUAUGUUUUUGUGUAACAUUUGUUAUGUAUAGAAUAUAGGUAAAUUAACUACCUUACAUAUUGUUAAGUAAUGCCAAAAGAAUCUUCCAAGAAAACUGUUGGGCGACCAAAUAAAAAGGAGAAGUUAUGUUGUGAAUACUGCGAUAAUACAUAUUAUCAACCUUAUUUACUUGUGGACCAUAUGAGAACACACACUGGUGAAAAACCAUUCAAAUGUGAAGUUUGUGGAGUUUGUUUUUCUCGCAAAGGAACAUUAAGAAAGCAUGUGUUUAUUCAUGCCACAGAAAAACCGCAUAAGUGCUUGUUUGAAACGUGUACAAAAGCCUAUAGUUCAAUUGCCAUGCUAAAUAGACAUGAGAAAACGCAUACCGCACCUAGACCCUACAAGUGUGCUAUUUGCGACAAGGACUUUCCUGAAAAGCUUCAUCUCAGUCAGCAUAUGAUCACCCACACUAAAGAAAAACCUUUUAAAUGUGAAACCUGCGGAAAGGGUUUCACGAGGAAUUUCAGUUUAAAAGUCCACCAAACAGUGCACACUAAAGUAAAGGCGUUCAAAUGCCACGUUUGCGAUAAAACAUUUCCUGGCCGAGGUAACUUAGUGGUUCAUCUGCGCAUACAUACUGGUGUAACGCCUUACACGUGCCAGUAUUGUCAAAGAUCUUUUAAACGGCUUGAACAUUUAAAGCAGCACUUUGUGACGCACCAAACUGAUAAGCCGCAUAAAUGUAGCGAAUGCGAUCGUGUAUUUGGAGAUGUAAUAGCUCUCAGGCGUCAUCAAAAACUUCACACUGGUGUAAGGCCGUUCAAAUGUGAAUAUUGUGAAAAAGCUUUUGCUCAUUCGAAUAUUCUAAAAGCUCAUCAUCGAAUCCAUACAGGGGAGAAACCUUACAAAUGUGAUGUCUGUAAUAAAGCGUUUAGAUGUUCCAUUACUCUUGUAGUUCACCAAAGAAUCCACACUGGAGAGAGACCGUAUAAAUGUAGCAUUUGUUCCAAAGCUUUUGUCCAACAGUCUGCUGUGCGAAAGCAUGAAAAGACCCAUUUGCCUAAAUCUAAGAAAAAGAAAAAAUCUUAGGUUUAGGGUUGUAAUGUUCCCGGUUACAAUAGGAGCGCUCCAACAGAAAAAAAUGAACCCUUGCAGAAGAAAUACAUUUUUUGAGAAUCACAUUUUUCUUAUUAUAUAUAUUAUAUGUAGUAUAUGUAUUUUUAUAAAGUUUAAACAUAUUAUCAUUGAAGACCCGAUCUGUACACUGUAGUGGAUGUUUUAUGGCUGUGUUUGGGUUUAGCAACCACGCUUUCGUCUGACACUUAUACUCUAGUAGUUUUUACCCGUAGCAAACUUAGUGUAUUUUAAAGACUGUGUUUUGUUGCUAAUUCCCUUCUCUUUAUUGUUUUAGUUAACCUGAUGUCCUGAUCAUCAUUACUGUUUCAAAAUAAAUAAAUGAAAUUUGGGU